AUGGCCCGAAUCAGCAUUCCCAUCGAUGCCCUCACUUCCCGUCUCAACCUUAGUGAUCGCUUUAACAGCGUCCGGUCGCAGUCGAUUGCGUCGCGCUUUGCAAACAUUCGACCCAUCUCCGAGUUUCUCGACUUGAAGAGAUUGUCAAAACCAAACAACUUUGGAGAGGUGCAGGCCAGAGUCAACUACAACCUGAGCUAUUUCUCCAGCAACUAUGCCGUGGUCUUUGUCAUGCUCAGCAUUUACAGCCUGUUGACCAACCUAUGGCUUCUUUUCGACAUCAUCCUGGUCGUGGGCGGCAUGUGGGCAAUCGGCAAGCUAGGGGGAGCUGAUCUCGAGAUCGGCACCUUCAGAGCGACAACCUCUCAGCUGUACACCGGCCUCGCUUGUGUGGCUGUUCCCGUUGCCUUCAUUUCUUCUCCUAUUGCAACGUUCCUAUGGUUGAUUGGAGCUACCGGUACCAAUCGAGAAUGCUUUUUCCGAGGAGGCGGUCUAGGUGGUCGGCCGCGAACUCCAUACGAUAUGCCCCCUGGGGGAAGACCACCAAGGGGACGAGGCGGGCGGAACAAGGACAGAUUGUGGGAAUUUCAACAGCAACAACGCUCGUGGGACUACAAUGUUCGUGUGGAGGAAUUGGACACCGACGACGAGAUAUCGCCGCACGGUGUUGAGCCCGAUCAGGGUUAUGGUCCAUCAAGAUUUCGCUCAGAUGAGCUUCACUUUACUGGCAUAGAUUUAGGUGGGGGAGUUGUCCGCCGACGGCGUUCAGGUGAUUCAUUCGGCGAUGAUUUGACCCCUUCGGAUGACGAGGACGAUUAUGACCCUUAUGCAGGCCUCGUCCGGAGAGCAGACAUGCAGAUGGCUUACAGGGAGAAAGAAGACAUGCUCGUCCAGAGAGCUCUGGAUAGGAUAGCGCGCGCCCGGGCUCUGGGUAAGCCCAAUGUCAAGUUGAGUCGAGCUGAAAUUGAUGCGUUGAAACGCCUAGAGCUCGACCGGAGCCAGACUCCUCCACAGACCCCUGCAGCAGCAGCGCCACAGGCUCCAAAGAGCAAAAAGGAAGUUGUCAAGCGCAAGCCGGUCGAGGUCCGCAAGGUAUCAGGCAAAAAGCUUUCUGGCGGUUCUCCCGCAAAGGGCAGGGCCGCAGAUGGUCGCAACCGGGGAAGAAGUUCUGCCUCCAACAGCUCUCCACGCGAGAAUGUUGACAACUCGGUCGCCUACGCGUUGCCCCCAGCGGACGUCGACUACGAUCGAAGGGUGCCGUACACGCAAGGAUAUUAUGUGACUGGUCCGCGUCAGCUCGAACCGCUCCGCCACAGCUCUCGCACAAACUCCAACCAGUCUCUGCGGCAACAACAAAUGCAGCAGGCCCCCCCUUACCAGCAACAUCCUUAUUAUUCGCAUCGCUAUUCCUCUAACCCAGACGUACUCUACAACAAUCACGGCUCGAAUUCCCCUCGUUCCUCACGGCCUGACCCUUCCGAACCUGACUGGGAACCUCGUGCUCGCUCGACUUCCAGCCUGGUUAACGUGCCUCUGGAUCAGUUGCCCUACCAGACGAGUGUGGGGAGAGCGCCACGGUUUGACCCUGCUGACCCACGCUUCGCCUCACCACAGCGUCGCGUCGUGUCUGGUCCGGCGGGUGUUCUACCAAGCCACGUUGGGAUUCGUCGUCAACAAGACGAGCUUUUUCUUCCGGAUGAACAACCAGAGGUCUACAGAUACCUAGCACCAUCCGACACAGAUGACCAAGACGACGACGACAGCGACUACACCCCAGAAGACGAGGUGGUUGAAGUCACGGAAAGACCAAGUGGUCAAUACGCGAUUCAAACGAGAAGUGCUGCCGCAGGGACAUCAUCGCAGAGGGUUCGGAGUAACGGGAAAGGCACGGCCGGGAAAAGUAAAAAGGGAAGAUAA